CUGUCACAGAACAGGAUGCUUGCUCAUUUAAGCCAACAUGUAGGAGUGGACCGGGAGCAGGCAAUAACUUGGGAAGCAAGACUCGGACAGGAGGGACUAGUGGAUGAGCCUCUGCGGCCCUGGUUUCACUUCGUCGCCCAUUUCUCGACUCCUCGUGCGUUCGUCGGCGACGCCAUGAAAAAAUCGGUAGGAAGGAGUGUCAAGAAGGAAGAAGCAAAAGGAGGAGGAGGAGGGGGAGAUGUUGGCACAGCAGAAGGGAGCGGUGGUGAUGUGGCGAUGGGGAAGAUAGCGGCCGAAGUUGGGGAAAUAAUGGAGGGAGGAGCGCAUCCUUACGAUUUCCGCGUCUCCGGCCCUCGCAACCUCCCCUCCCCUAACUGGAGAGAUCUCAUCAGUUCUAACUGGAGGGAUCCGAAAUACAAGCGGAUGGCGAUAUCAUGCUUCGUACAGGUUGCGUACUUGCUCGAGCUAGAUAGGCAAGAAAACAGAAUGGGCGAUGACGGUCUCGCCCCGAAGUGGUGGAAGCCUUUCAAGUAUAAGCUGGUGCAGGUUCUCGUUGACGAAAGAGACGGUUCGAUUUAUGGCGCCGUUCUUGAAUGGGACCGCUUGGCUGCCAUGUCCGAUCUCGUGGUAAUGAGACCGCUUGGUGCCCCCAGAGCCGUGCUUGCGCUCAGGGGAACGCUUCUGAAGAGCCCUACUGCGAGAAGAGAUAUCGAGGAUGAUCUUCGGUACCUGGCAUGGGAGAGCUUGAAGGGCUCGGUGCGCUUUAAUGGAGCUCUGGAUGCGGUGAAGCAUGCCAUCGAGAGAUAUGGAGGUAACAAUGUGUGCAUAGGCGGGCACUCGCUGGGAGCCAGCUUUGCGCUUCAGGUCGGCAAAGCCCUUGCAAAGGAAGGUGUAUUCGUGGAGUGCCAUCUGUUCAAUCCCCCGUCGGUUUCGCUUGCCAUGACCCUACGGAUUGCGGGGGAGAAGGCUGGCAAAGCCUGGAAGCAAUUUAGAGCCGCGAGGGCUUCCAGCGAUGGAAUUGUUGCUGCAGCUGCAGUAGAAGGGAAUAGAGUACGUGCAGAAGCUGAGAAAUGGAUGCCGUAUUUGUACGUGAAUAACAGCGACUACAUUUGCUGCUACUAUACAGAUCGCUCGGGAGCUGCAACUGAUACUUCUCCCGACAAACCAGAAACGACAGGUAGUAGCAGUGCUGCUGCUGCAGCCGCAAAGCGGAUUCUGUUGUCUAAAGGGCCAAAGAAGUUUCUAGAAGCUCAUGGGUUGCAGCAAUGGUGGUCUGACGAUAUUGAGUUGCAAACGGUUGUCCACGACAGCAAGCUCCUGAACAGGCAGCUAAGGUCGCUGUAUACCGCCAACCCGCAGCACUAACACCUAUAUAAGGCAGCUAGUGUUUUUCUUCUUUGGAGUUCCUUGCACAAGCAGGAUUGAUUGUAAAGAUUUAGUUCAUGUGGGAGGAAAAUGCGACAUGCACCUCGCAACUGUAAUUACUUCUUUUUAAGUCAGUGUUCUAUUUGAAAUCGAGUUACUAUUGCA